UUUAGGAGAUCCAGCUUCUAUCUUGACUGCCCUUCAAAACAAUCUUAUCAGUGAGAGUUGUGCAGUUACACUCUGCAGUAAUGACUGUUUUGAUGCCCCCUGGUGCACAACAUAAGCAUGCUUUAUGAAAAGCCAAGCAGGAUUUAGUCUGAACUACAUUGAUUAUCAGCGGCUCUAGCAUGAGAUUCUGGCUUAGACGAAUCAUGCUGCUCUUACUUUAUCCUGCCACUUAAAAACGAGGCACUUGGUUUCAUCAAAUGUAUUCACCACUGAUCCAUGACUGUCACUACUUAUGUCCUUCAAGAUGUCACAUUGAAAUUAAAUUUUCAGCACCGGCUGGUGUCCUCUGACUAUCUCCAGGAAUGUAGAAAGCCUCACACUAACCCGUCCCUCAGGACCAGUAGCCAAAACUGGGCCAUCCCAGGCUUCAGCUGGUUGGCAAACAAAGAGCGUCAGCAAACGAGACCUCAACUGUUCCCGGCCAGUGACAAUGUGUGUGGUCACUGCUCCAUCGUAGAGAAGGAGGCAGAGGUCACUGAGCGACUGGAGGAGGUCUGUUUUCCACUGAAGGACGGUGCAGGCAAGCUGCAGGAGAGCGACAACUUACCACGACGGUUUCGCCAUCAGAGGGGUGAAACCCGAGAUGGGAGGAAGGUGCAGCAUCACAGAGCUCUAAAUCCGGGGUCCGGUCUCCAUGGAGACCCCGUCCCUAACAUUAAGGUCUCCAUCGCAGGGCAUCUGACUUCUCCUUUGGUGACAGAGAAGACUCAGGACUCAGUCGUCUCACAAGUGCCAUUAAGAUUACAGAUAAAAGUGUCUGGCCAGAGGGGGAGUCUGGGACUCAGCAUCGCUGGUGGGAAAGGCUCCCUGCCUUACAAAGACCAUGAUGAGGGCAUUUUUAUUUCCAGAGUAAACACAGGGGGCGCAUCAGAAAAGGCGGGGGUCCAUGUUGGAGACAGAUUGCUGGAGGUCAACGGCCUCAACAUGCAGGCGGCGACCCACCACGAGGCCGUCACCGCCCUCAGGAAUGCUGGGAGCUGCAUUAAGAUGAAAGUGCUCAGAGAGAGGCUGCUGCCCCGUGGGGUGUGUGACCCGGAUGAACCUCAGGAUCCUCAAGACGUGACGGGGCGACAGCUGUGCAGCCAGGACGGUGGAGGCCAGAGAGGCAAGCAACCCAAGAUGGAGAGCGCAGAAGACUGUUUGUCCAGGAAGAUUGAGGGAGUUGUCUGCAACGGCAAUGGCAUUUCUGGUUUGAAGAGCGACCUGAAUAAGACCUUGUCUCAACUGGAGACACAGGCGUUGAUGAAAAAUGAUUCACUUCAAGGGGGAAAACACACAAUGACAAUCCCGCGGAUCAUCCUCACUCAUCCCUCUACCUCAGAUGAAGAUGUGGAGCUCUUGACACAGAUCCCCAGCAGGGAGCCGGCACAUGACUCUGACAUUCCUGACAGGCACGUACACUGUUUCGACAGCGCUUUCUAUCCACCUUGACCACUGCGUAGAGGUACAUGAAGGACACAGACUGUUAUUACCCAGCUCUCCAUGUUCUUGAGGUGGAUUGGUGUAAAAUGAACUGCUGGAAUGUGUUUUUUAAGCUUUUUGUCUGUCAGAUUCAAAUGCUGCUACUAGAUUUUAGUGAUAAACUUUAAGACUUUAUUUUUAUUACUAAAAACCACAGAGUUUGCCUGCGCAACUGCGGAGCACAGAGACUGUGAAAGCAUGAACAAACAGCUCUCUAAUGUCCAAAUGAAUUACAAGAUAUGGUCAAUUAAACACUGCUGGCUACCUCUACUUCACAUUGCUGUGCUGUAAAUUACAGAUGUGCUGGUAAAUAGAGUCUCCGCCCAUGACAAUGUGAAGCCCUCAAACUUUUUAUAGUCUGUACCGAGAUAAAAUGUCCCACAGAGUGAACAGAGAGCCUAUCAGGGGCUCCGAGUCUUGCAGAGUCCAAAUGCAGACUGAACUGAACAUCUUCCCACGCCUCCUGUACGGGCUAAAUUCAGAAUAGUGAGAUAAGGCACUCUGCUUUACAGACAUUUUGCUUGUCAAUUCCCGCCUUGUGUUAUUUCACAGCUUUUUACACUUUCUCAAUAACAACUGCUUA